AUGGCUUUGGACAUCGUUCUCGCAUGUUUUCUUCCUCUCCUCAUCGCAUUUCUCACCUACAAGCUUUCUCCUUCAUUGACGUGGGAAGAUAUACGUUCUUUACUCUCUUUGAAUCCACUCUCAAACCCACCAUUCUCACCGGAAAAUGCCUACCACUCAUACCGUCGAUAUCGACAACUAUCAGGCGACCACCUUUCGCGAAUGCAGCACGCCUAUGGCACAGUUAGCCGUAGACACAAGAGACUUGGAUACGACUUAGGUUAUCCUGCGAAACUCAGGAAGCUACAGGAAACGACGAAAGUAAACGCGCUCGUGACGGAUGGAAUAGCACGUUUGGCCGAGGAAGAAUUCGAGGUCAAGGACGAGCGAUGGCUUCCGACAAUGAACUCUGGAAACCUUUCCCGUGUAAGAGAGUCGUUGAAGCACUUUAUACGCGAUUGGAGUUUCGAUGGCAAAACGGAACGCGAUAGAAUUUUCUUACCCAUCCUUCAAGUCCUCGAGCUCGUGAACGUCGAGGAAAGGCCGGGGAAGAAGGUUCUCGUUCCAGGGUCCGGUCUGGGCCGUUUGGCUUGGGAGAUUUCACAGCUCGGAUUCGAAACUACCGCGAAUGAACUUUCGUUCUUCAUGAACUUGGCGUUUCGUUUCCUCCUCUCCUCGAAAACCACCACCUCCGUCGACCAACACACCUUGCAUCCUUACGCUUACUGGUUCUCACACCAGAAAUCCAACGACGCGCUCUUCCGUGCUAUUCGUUUUCCGGAUGUCGUUCCUCGACUUACGCGCGGUCUUCAACUUUUGGAGUGCGACUUCCUUGCCAUUUCGCCGGCCCAGAGUUACGAUUAUGUCGUCACUCUAUUCUUCAUCGACACGUCAACCAACAUUCUGGCAACUCUGGAACACAUUCACUCUCUUCUCUGCCCCGGUGGACUAUGGAUCAAUCUGGGGCCACUCCUUUGGUGUUCAGGUAGUCAAGCAAGACUCGAGUUCAGCUUGGAUGAGGUAUUCGCUGCUGCCCGGGCGAUAGGCUUCAAAUUUGUCAAGGAUACGGAGUGCAUGACGCCGAGAACGGUGCCGUGCGAGUAUACUCAUGACGCGAAAGCCAUGAUGAGGUGGAUCUACCAAGCCGAGUUCUGGGUUGCCAGGAAAUAA